CAGAUAUUCAAGGCUGACAGCUUCCGAGCUCGACUGCUCUGCCUGGUCGAUUAGCUCCGUCUGCGCGUGAGACCAGUGCGUGUGUGAGAAGGAGAGCAUCGAUCAAUCAAUCAGUCAGAGGCUCUUGUUGAAGCUGAGGAUUGUGGGAGUUGUGGUGCAGGUUUUCCUUCUUCUUUUGUCUGACAGCAGCAGGAUGUUUGGCACUGUGCUGCUCUGCUGUUGGUCCUUCGGUCUGCUGCCGCUCGCCUCCUCGCUGGUCCAUGGAAACUUACCGCUCGAUGAAGGUCCUGUCAGUGGACGCCGCACUGAAAGCUCCUUCCUAUCUGAAAUCGAAAGAAGCCAAGUACCUGACCGCAUGCACGAGCCUGCCCUCCUCCCUGUGGACUCUGUAGAAGAUCAUUUUUUGAUGGAUACAGGCUCCUAUGAUGAGGACACGUCUGCAGCCUUACAGCUGCAGGGUCGGGCCAUGCGUUCACCUCGUCGCUGCAUCCCUCACCAGCAGUCCUGUUUGGGCUACCCACUUCCCUGUUGUGAUCCCUGUGACACCUGCUACUGCCGCUUCUUCAACGCCAUCUGCUACUGCCGCCGAGUUGGCCACGUGUGCCCACCAAGACGCACCUGAUAACAAGCUGCUGUGAUGAGAAGCGAAGGCAGAAACUUGUACUGCAAAUAUGAUCUGUGAUCUUUUUGUUCCAUGUUGGAUUAAAUGUGCUGUAAUAAAUAACUGAUGAGGA